AUGGCUCCAGGAACGGCGCCGCAAGCGCAGCAACAGCGCCAAUUCGUGCAUCCGACUGCCAGUCAUGCUAAGAAAAAAGCUCCAAGCGCAUACUCGAUGCAACCGAUUUCUGCCUUCUACUGGUUCCUCGCUGCAGCUCUCGUGUCCGCGUGGUUCGCGCCGAUUCAAGAUUGUGACGAGACGUUCAAUUACUGGGAACCGACCCAUUACUUAUCGCAUAGCUACGGUCUCCAGACAUGGGAAUACUCGCCCGACUAUGCCAUUCGCAGCUGGCUCUACAUUGCCUUCCAUGCUAUCGUUGGCAAUGUGCGCCGAAUAUUCCCUCACUCCAACAAGGUCGCCGAAUUCUAUUUCGUUCGUUAUGGACUUGCAUUUGUCUGCGCUCUUACCCAGACCAUCAUGUUUAUGGUAAUCAGUACCACACUCAACAGCCGAAUUGGCCUAUUCUUCUUGAUGGCCACCGUUGCGAGCCCUGGAAACUUCCAUGCUAGCACGGCUUUCCUCCCAUCUAGUUUCGCUAUGUAUCUGGUCACUCUAGGAGCUGCAGCUUUUAUGAACUGGCGUGGUGGCCUCAAGACCUCUCAGGGCAUGUUCUGGUUUGCUGCUGCCGGUAUCCUUGGCUGGCCUUUUGCUGCUGCACUUUGCGCGCCUUUUAUGCUUGAGGAGCUCAUUUUGCUGGUCUUUGGAGACAAGAUAGCACUGUGGGAGGCAUUUGUUCGCAUUGGUAGAGGUGUGGUUUCAGCUUUCCUCCUUCUUGCUAGCGACUAUUUCGUAAACCUCUUCUUUUAUAAGAAGCAAGUUUCUGUGACGUGGAACAUUGUCAAGUACAACAUCUUCUCAUCCGAUCAUGGCCCAGAGCUUUACGGUACAGAGCCUUGGACCUUUUACUUCAAGAACUUGGCCCUCAACUUUAACCUCUGGUUUGUUCUUGCCCUUGCAGCCCUGCCACUUUUCAUCCUUCAAAAGAUUAUUUCGCCAUCUGGCCAGGGAUUCCAAACCGGCUUGAGGACUGUUGUCUUUCUUUCUCCUUUUUACAUGUGGCUCGCUAUCUUCAGCUCGCAGCCUCACAAGGAGGAGAGGUUCAUGUAUCCUGCUUACCCUUUUCUUGCCCUCAACGCUGCUAUUUCUACCCACAUGAUCUUGACUGCUCUGGGCAACUCGAAUCCAAAGACACUGGCCGGCAAAGUUCCUGCAAAGUUGAAGCUUUUGCUUGUAACUAUUACAAUCAUGCUAUCAAUUGAUAUCGCUGUGCUCAGAGUUUACGGUAUCUGGUCUGCUUACUCUGCGCCUAUGAAGAUCUACACUCCCCUGUGGGAGGGCAAAGAUGGCAGCGCACCUAUUGGCAGGGAAGAAGACACUGUAUGCUUUGGAAAGGAAUGGUAUCGCUUCCCCUCGUCUUACUUCCUACCCCGGGAUAUGCAUGCCAAAUUCAUUCGUUCUGAAUUCAGAGGCCUUCUGCCUGGACAAUUUUCUGAAGCUGAAACCGGCUUUGGUUUCUUCAGUGGAACUUGGCUCCCCACCCAUGGUAUGAACGAUCGCAAUGAAGAGGACCUAGGCAAAUACACCGAACUUCCUGCAUGCAAGUUCCUCGUUGACACGCAGUACCCCUUGAGGACAGAUCCUCUACCAUCGAACGAGCCUGACUAUAUCGAGGACCAUACUAAUUGGGAAGUUGUCAAGUGCGAACUUUUCCUUGAUGCUGCAAACACGCAUAUACUCGCCAGGAUAUUAUGGGUGCCUGAUCUGGACUUUAUCCCAGAUAAAUACAAGAGAAAGUGGGGACGCCACUGCUUACUGCAGCGAAAGAAGCUGAGCGCUGAGCCAUCUGUGUCUGGUUGA